AUGGAAAAAUACGUUGCUCUUUCGGUAUAGCCUUUGUGGGAUAAAUACCAAUUUGAAGCUAAUAUUGAUUCGGGUGGUUUUGGUUAAGUUUGCAAAGUUAAAAGCACUCUAGAUAAUCAGUUCUAUGCAAUGAAAACUUAAAAUUUAAAAAGUCUGAUGACAAGGGUCCCAAAUAACUAUAGCACUGAGAUGAUUCGAAUUUUCAGAGAAAUCAAUACUUUCAAGCUAAAUCAUCAAAAUAUAACAAAGUUCUAUGAGUCCUACUUCACCUUUGACGAUUAGUUUGUAAUUGUAACAGAGUUAGCUGAGUCAAAUCUAAGAACGCACAGGGAGAAUAAUGACCUAAACAAUGAUUAGAUUGCAGAUAUCAUGAUCCAGAUAAUGAAAGGAACAAUUCAUCUUCACAGCAAAAAUAUAAUGCAUAGAGAUUUGAGUCCUGAUAAUAUACUUGUAUUUGAAAAUGGCACUAAGUUCAAAAUAUGUGACUUUGGAUUCGCUUAAAUGAACUCCUAGUCAACUUCUUUUGUUGGAAAACCGUUUUUCUAAGCUCCAGAAGUAAACAUUAAUGAGCAAUUUUAUUAUAGUAGCUAAGUUGAUGUGUGGUCUGCAGGAGUAAUACUCUACUAUCUCUGCACAAAUUAGUAUAAGUAUUAAGAUUAGAUAAUCUCAGAGAUAAAGAAGCAAGAUUAAACUAAAGUUAUUAACAUUGAAGGAGAUUAAAACGUAUUCGAAAAUGUAUUAAACUAGAUGCUCAAACUUGACCCUUCAGACAGAUUAGAUAGUCACUAGAUUUUAUAAACACUGUGUGAUAUUAAAUAGGAGUCUCUCCUAAAGCAUUUGGAGAUGGAAGAAGAAAAAGUUAACAAUGAAAUAGAGAGUUAUGCUUUUGCUUUAACAAUUAAAUCAAAACUUACCCAAGUUAAUGAAAUUUUGGCAAAACUUGGUGAGUGUAACUUUGGGCCGAUUCAUCCUAAUCCCAAUAGAAUCUUCAUGCCAUUGAUUUAAGAUAAUAAAGGAGACUAAUAUCAGGGUGAAUAUGAUAAUAUAACAAAGAAAAAAGAUGGAAGAGGCAGAUAAGUCACAUUUUAAGGAGAUAUUUUAGAGGGACUGUGGAAGAAUAAUCUACUCGAUGGAUAAGGGAGAGUUAUUUUAAAAAAUGGAGACUGCUAAAUGGGUGAGUAUAAAGGUAAUUUACCAACAGGAUAUGGAAAGUUUUAUUGGAUCAGUGGAGAGUUUUAUGAAGGAUAGUUUGAUGAUAGUUUAAGACAUGGAUACGGAUAUUUUAAAAAUAAAGAUGGCCACGAGUUCUAUGGGUAAUUUGUGAAAGAUUUAUAGGAAGGUGCUGCAGUAUCCACCUUAGUCAAUGGAGAUAUUAAUCUUGGAUAGUGGAUAAAAGGUAAAAAAUAAGGAAUAUAAAUAUUAAUUCCAAAAGAUGGGGGGAAAAUUAAAAUAAAUAAAUUUAAGGAUAAUGUUUUGAUAGAAACAUUGCUUGAAGUAGAUAAUGAUUAAAAAGACUUAUAAUGUGAUGAUUUAUGA